CAAAAUGUCUCAUUCCGAAUUGAUACAAAAUCAAAGGAAAGCUUGGAGCAUCUAAGAGGAUCAAAUGCUUCAAGAAUUGAGGAAAUGCAAAUGUUUCGAUUGGAUUGAAGUAGCCAAAAGAAUAGGAGGGAGAAACCCUUCUUAGUGUGCUUAGAGAUGGAAGAGAAUUAAGGGAUACAAAUUGAGGAGAUAAUGGACUUAAGAGGAAGACGACAAACUAAAGAAUUUAGUAAAAGAAUAUGGAUAUCAUUGGAGCAAAAUCAGCAAAUUACUACCGAAUCGUUCAGGCAAAUAAAUUCGAGAACACUAUCUUAAUUAAUUGCAUCCAGGAUUGAACAACAAACCUUGGAGCAAAGAAGAGGAUGAAAAAAUUAUAGAAAUCUAUAAAGAUGUAGGAGGUAAAUGGAGCGUCAUCUAAAAAAACCUGCAAGGUAGAUCAGAAAAUAGCAUCAAGAAUAGGUUCUAUUCGUACCUUCGAAAUAAAUAUCUCAAUAUCAAGAACCCUUAUUACAUUGUUCCAAAAAAAGAACAAUUGAAUUUAUCAAAAGCUGAACAAAAAAUCAAUUCAAUUGUUUCAGCUUAAUCACAGGAUUACUCUCCAUCGAUGAGCUUCAGUCAAACCUAGCCACAUGUAAUGCCAAUUAGUAUCUGCAACAUGCCACCAAUAAGUUCAGUGAAUUGCUUUCCCCAAUUUUCAAUACUCUAUCCCUAUUUCUAGUUUCCUCAAACUCAAUAUUUGUUAUAAUAUCUAUCAAAUACAAUUUAAUAAUGAUUAAAGAUUAAAUAUUAUUUGUUUUAUCGAGUGUUAC